AAUGAGACGACUUCCCACAACAGCACACGGGGCGCGCACACUGAUGACGUAGCACGGUUCUCUUGACGACAACAAACAUGGAGGAGUAUGCCCGUGAACCUUGUCCCUGGAGGAUAGUGGAUGACUGUGGAGGUGCUUUCACCAUGGGUGCAAUUGGAGGAGGGGUGUUCCAGGCAGUCAAGGGCUUUCGAAACGCCCCUGCAGGUGUCGGACACAGACUGAGAGGCAGUGCAAACGCAGUGAGGGUAAGAGCUCCACAGAUUGGAGGUAGCUUUGCUGUAUGGGGAGGGCUCUUCUCCACAAUUGACUGUGGUUUAGUUCGCGUGAGAGGGAAAGAAGAUCCCUGGAACUCCAUAACAAGUGGCGCACUAACUGGAGCCAUCCUGGCAGCACGCAGUGGGCCGUUAACUAUGAUGGGCUCAGCCAUGAUGGGAGGAAUUUUACUUGCUCUGAUUGAGGGUUUCGGCAUCCUCCUGACCAGAUACACAGCACAGCAGUUUCAGAACCCUAUUCCCUUUGCAGAUGACCCCAGUCAGUUACCUCCAAAGGAUGAUGGUCAGCAGGGGGCAAAGGGGCAGUUUCAGUAGAAGGAAACAAGAACUGAGACCAGGUGUUGACACAGUGAGUCAGACCAGAAAGUUAGGAGGGGCACGUGACAUUACACCAGGUAUCACGAUGACCAGGACGUGGAGAGACUGGUCCUUGCAGUGGUAUCAAAUAGUUGCACUAUGUGUUUAUACCUCAGGGGCAAAUUACUGUGAGUUCCUGUUAUUUAUGAGUGACUGCUUGUGUGUGAAUAGGGAUCCUUCUGACUAACCUCAUGUUUGCACCACCAGAAUAUCGUCAACAUAUUCUAUAUUAAUGGUGAUUGUGUCAUCACUGUGACCUUUUGAGAUUAAAUAUGCAAUGAUGAAAUGUAUUUAUAAAAUCUAUUUGAUUCAACAUCAAGGCGACAUAUGAUUUUAGAUUUUUAUCACUAUGAAAUCGAGAGAUUAACAGGUGAAUUUACACAGUGUGAGAAAAGGUUAAAAAUAGGGAGACUCCCGUGAAAAUCGGGAGUGUUGGCAGGUAUGAGCUGGAGCCAGCAGCCAGUUAGCUUAACUUAGCAUAAAGGCUGGAAACAGGGGGAAACGGCUAGCCCGGCUCUGUCCAAAAGUAACGAAAUUUGUCUACCCGCACCUCUAAACAUCACUAUACACUUCUUAUAUUUAAUUUGUUUAAUCUGAACAAAUACAGAACUGUAAAAACAAUAAUUCGCCAUUUUGCAGGGCUUUUGUGCCAGACUAUUUCUUGGCCAAGUGCAGUGAUUUCCUGGAGUCUUGUCAUUACUUUGAGGUUGUCAGGCAACUAGUGAAAACUGGAGAACGUCACUGCUUCCAGCCAAGAAAUAGUCCAGCUCAUAACCCCUCAUAAAAUGGCAAAUUGGUAUUUUUACACUUUGAUUUUUAUACAGAUUAAACAACAUUUCCCAAAAUGUCAAACUAUUCCUUUUAAGCUUCCAAAAAUGUUACAAUUGUAUGCACAGAUUUAUUAAACAGUAAAGCCAUUGUUUUAAUUGCUGCAAUGUAGAAAGGUAGAGUAAUAUGAGAAAUGAGAUGUCUGUGACAUCACACUUUGCUCAGUGAGAUUUUACCGUGGAGAGUGGUAUUCUGAAAAUCUGUUUCCAAGUCUUAAGUUGUGUGUCAGCUGUGACAAUCAAUGCAAAGAACUGUGUAUAUUUUUUAAUUAUCUGUGUGCUAAAGAUGAGUCAUUGCUCAGUAAAACCUCAUUCUGUUCUCUGCAGUUUCUCUUAAGUUAUUGCCCCCCUGGCAGCUUUUGUAAUUUUAAAUCUUUGCUGGAUAGUAAUUAUCUUAGAGUGGAUGAGCACAAAUCAUGUCUUAUUUGCAAUGUUGAAACCAUGAAUGAGCUCCUAGAAAUGAUUGCUAGAAUUGCUUUGACAUUUAUCUUUUCACUGUUGCUCACAGUUAAGUGAGCUAGUGGUCUGUGGACCUUUCAUCACUUUGAUCGCUGCGUUUUCCAUCAAGCAACCGAGCACUUUGAAAUCUCUCUGUUUUCUUAAAAUGGAAGCAUCUGUCACAGCAGAGAGAGGUCAUUUAGCAGCAUGAUCCAGUGUUUUGCUGUCAAACUAUAGAAUGUAUAGAAUGUUUAUUUAUUUUACUGUAUGUCUUAAUAUACAGUAUUUAUCAUGCAAAUGUUGAUUAAAAACAAAUAAAGGCAUCAAAUGUUCUUUAA